UAAACCACGCCAAGCCAAAGCCGAUAAUGAGAAACAAGAAAAUUCUGCUAAACGUUUACGUACUUUUAAAAUAUUUUCCUUAAUUUGAAUUAAUGCAACACAUCAUUCACUUGGUGUACAGAUACGGCUUGUACGAAUCGAAGGAAGCAGAAUUCCUUGUGAAUCAAAGUGGAAAUAUUAUUCUGUUGUUGCAUGUGUGUUGUCUAACCUAAAAUGCAUCGUUCCUGACAGUUCUACGGAUUACCUUAUUCUGUUUACCGUUAAAUGUUUAAAAAUUAAGAGAAAAUGGUCGAUUCGGAUGACGAGAAUUAUGUCACAUUCGGAGUUCCUCUGGAUCCGAUAGACGAAGAUAAUGUACCAAAAAAGAAGCCAAUGACCAUUGAAGAUCAAUGUGCAUAUGAUGCACAAGGUAGACGUAGAUUUCAUGGUGCCUUUACUGGUGGUUUUUCUGCUGGGUACUUCAAUACUGUUGGCACCAGAGAUGGUUGGAGACCACAGCAGUUCAAGUCUUCCAGAAGUAGCAAAGCAGAGAAUAUUUCCCAACAUCCAGAAGAUUUUAUGGAUGAGGAGGACACAAGUGAAUUUGGUAUUGCACCUAAAGGUAUUCGUGCUACUGAAGAUUACGUAGAUCGGGGCCAAAGAGGAACAAAACGUAAUAGAGUCACACGUGACAACACUGGCCCCAUACCUGGUGUUCCAGUAUUAAAAGAGCUUUUAACACCUGUGAGAGAAACAGUCGGUAUCAUGUUACUAAAGAAAAUGGGAUGGAGACCAGGCCAGGGUGUAGGAUCGAGACUUACUAAGAAGGAGAAGGCUAAGAUAAAAAGAAGAAACGAUAGAACAAAACUCAUGCAGAAAAGGUCUAGAAAAGCAAGUACGGAAAGUAGUUCUGAAGAUUCGGAAGAUGAUUAUGGGAAUUUAACGUUCGCCCCCGACGACUACGAGCCCUUUAGAUGCAACCCAAAGGAUAAUUACUUUGGUAUAGGAUAUACAGGCUUAGAUAGAAGAACUAUAUUAUCUGGGCACGUAAAUUUAUUCGACACUCCUGCGUUUAGCGUGCAGGAUAAAAAUAAGAAGUUAUCUAUACAUGGACAAGCUUUCGGAGUUGGCGCGUUCGAAGCCGACGACGAUGACAUUUAUGAAAGAGACGACAUGUCGCGUUACGAUUUUUCCCUGGGUCCGGAACGCAAAACGAAAACAAGAUGGUCCAACAGUGGUAGUUCCAAAAAUUCGACCGAUUGCUUGGAGGGUUUUGCAAGAGCAAAACAUCAGCUGGAACGAAAGAAAGUUUUCUCACCACCAGAAUUGCCAAAGAAUUUCGUACCGGUACAUGCGGUUAGAAAGAGUCGAUUUUAUCCUCCGAUUGAGAAUGUACCUCAUGCGACCGAGAAUGGAAAACGCAAAGAUCUCACAGCUGCGGAUAGAGCCAGGAUAUUGGAGGAUACGCCUACCAUCAAGAAACCCUCGGAGAAUCACCCUAAUUCAGUGCCGUCGGUCGCGUCUAAUAUAAUCACGAAAACUCUGAACCUACAUGGAAGGCAGCAAACGGAGGAGAGACAAAGAGAAGAAAAUCUGCGAGCUAAAGCUGCUGUAUCGUGGAUGGACAAACUAAAUGUGCAGAGUUUCGUUAAAGGUGGUAUUGAAGGAUCCAGCAAGGAUUCCGAUGGAAGCUUAAAGAAAUUAGAAGAAUUUAUGGAUUCUUCUUCGGUAAAAACGGUCACGGAUAAGAGCAUAUCGGAAGAAGAAAAUUCUAUGAAGAAGACCACUGCGAAAUCAUUUUUCUCUGAUCCUGAUAAGCAACGACGAUUCGAGCAAUACUUAGUUUUCGUUAAGGACGGGGAGAAGAACAAACUCGAAAGCAUCCAACCAUUAUCUAUGACGGAAUGGGACAGGGAACACGAAAGGACUGAAUUCGAGCAGGCAGCGAGGUUGUUCGAGCAUCCGUCGAACGAUUACGUUGCGAAUAAGUUCACGCACGCUUCUGAAUCCACGAGUUUGGAUGUUUCCGCGAAGCAAAGUCAGGAGGACGAGAUGAAACAAGCUGUGAGGAUGAAAAUGUUCGGGAAAUUAACGCGGGAAUGCAUAGAAUGGAAGCCAGCAAGUAUCGUUUGUAAGAGGUUUAACAUCCCCGAACCGAAAGGUGGUUGUGCUCAGCCUGAGAAGAAAUCGGCGAAAUUUUCCAUCUUUGAUUCUCUUGAGUUGAGUAAUUCCACAAAAUUCUCGAGGGCGACUGAUACGGAAUCGAGACAGAUAAACGAGCCCAGACUAUUAAAAGAGAAAAGCGAUGACAUAAGUUUGGACGUGAAUAAAGAUGUGUCUUUCAGCAAUCAAACUUUCGAACCUGUAUCAGAAAAAAUGAAGAAUUUCGGAGCUUCUUACGAAAAAGUGUUUGGCAAAGAAGUUCAGGAAACAGCUUCACGUGUAUUCGAUAAUAAACGAGAAUCGGAAGAUAAGUCAAACACUGAUACAAUAACUGAAAGUAUGGAUAACCAGGACCAAGGAACUAGCAGUCAGACGAAGAAAACGGUAUCGAAGAGUCAAUCAGAAGAGAAGAAGGAUCUCUUCAAAGCGAUCUUUUUAAGCAGCAGCGAGGAGUCCGACUCAGAACCGGAGGAAACCAUUGACAGCGAGGUUGUGAAGUCUGUUUUGAUCGGUAAAGUUCCAGCCGAGGUGAAUGUAAAUAGAAAUACGUCUCCGCCCCGGGGGAUCUUCGCUAAGGUUGAUCUGGAUAGUCUACUCGCCGGGCCAAAAAGCAACAUCGAAACGAAUGAAGAAUCGAACAAGGAAAAAGAUGUAAACACAAAGAAUUCAGAUUCAGCGGUUGAAACCAAACUAAGUAGCGAUCAGGCAGACAUUGAGGAAGUUCAGAUGUUGCCUGACAUGUAUGGGCCAGUUUUACCUUCGAGAUUGUUAAAAACAGAAAAUACAACAGGGGAAACAUCCAGUUCAGAACCAAUGAAGCCUGUGUUUAGGAGUGUCGUGGUACCAAAGCCCAAGACAGACUCGAAGGUCCUCGGAGUGUGGGUGGAACGGAAAAAGGAAAAGAAGUCGAAGAAAGAGAAGAAGAAGCACAAGCACAAGGAACACAAGAGCUCUAAGCACAAGAGGAAAUCGAAAAAAGGGAAACGUGGCUCGUGACACGGUGAACUGUAGUUGAAAGAAUUAAACGAAGAGAAUGGAGGUAUCGUAUGUAUCGAUUAUUUAUUAUACGUUCAUUAAACCGAAUCGUAAUUAA